UUUAGUGGGCGUUCUGCAGCCCCUUGCGGUGACGUGAUGUGAGGGUCCUCCCCUAGAACGGAGCAGGACCAAUUAGGAGGAGCAAGGGAAGGCUCAGUCUGUUCUCAGGUCCCACCCUCACACCCAACCCGAGGAAAGUUUUGCUUCUAGGAGGGAGAGGAGCGAAUAUGGCAGCCCGUUGGUGGUUUUGGUGUGUGUCUACGACUAUGGUGGUGGCGCUACUGCUCCUUUAUGGUGUUCCCUCGACUUCUGCCCAAAGAAAGAAGGAGAUGGUAUUAUCAGAAAAGGUUAGUCAACUGAUGGAGUGGACCAAUAAAAGACCUGUAAUAAGAAUGAAUGGAGACAAGUUUCGUCGUCUGGUUAAAGCUCCACCAAGAAACUACUCCGUUAUUGUGAUGUUCACCGCUCUUCAAAUUCACAGACAGUGUGUUGUAUGCAAGCAAGCUGAUGAAGAAUUCCAGAUCCUGGCAAACUCCUGGCGAUACUCCAGUGCGUUUACCAACAGGAUAUUUUUUGCUAUGGUGGAUUUUGAUGAAGGUUCUGAUGUUUUUCAGAUGCUAAACAUGAAUUCAGCUCCUACUUUCAUCAACUUUCCUGCAAAAGGAAAACCCAAACGGGGUGAUACAUAUGAGUUGCAGGUGCGUGGUUUUUCUGCUGAGCAGAUUGCCCGGUGGAUUGCUGACAGAACUGAUGUCAAUAUUAGAGUGAUAAGACCUCCAAAUUAUGCUGGCCCCCUUAUGCUGGGAUUGCUUUUGGCUGUUAUUGGUGGACUUGUUUAUCUUCGAAGAAGCAAUAUGGAAUUUCUCUUUAAUAGAACUGGAUGGGCUUUUGCAGCUUUGUGUUUUGUGCUCGCUAUGACAUCUGGUCAGAUGUGGAACCAUAUAAGAGGACCACCAUAUGCUCAUAAGAAUCCCCACACAGGACAUGUGAAUUAUAUCCAUGGAAGCAGCCAAGCCCAAUUUGUUGCUGAAACACACAUUGUUCUUCUGUUCAAUGGUGGAGUUACCUUAGGAAUGGUGCUUUUAUGUGAAGCUGCUACAUCUGACAUGGAUAUUGGAAAACGAAAGAUAAUGUGUAUAGCUGGCAUUGGACUUGUUGUAUUAUUCUUCAGUUGGAUGCUAUCUGUUUUCAGAUCUAAAUAUCAUGGAUAUCCAUAUAGCUUUUUGAUGAGUUAAAAGAAUACCAGUGAUAUGUGGACACAGGAGUAAUGAAAAUGAAAAAUGUGUGUAUUUGAAAGAAGUCUGCAGCUUGUGUGUUUUGUAUUACCUCUUCUUUUCCUAUUGAUUUAAAUAGUUAAUCAUUUAACCAAAGAUGUGUAGUGCCUUAACAAGCAAUUUCUUGUCAGAACCAUGAAGUAUUUUGAUACUAUUCUAUUAACCCUCCCUUCCUGGUAAACUUUAUGAAAACACUUUUAAUAGAAUUAAUCACAGUAUAAAAAUUUAUACUACUAUUUCAUUUAAAUUUGAAUGAGGUUCAAAUUUUGUUAGUUAUCAUGUUCAUCUGAUUUUCUGUUAUUUUAUCCAAACUGGUGUGGGCAGUACUUACCUGCAUAUGCCUGUUACAAAUAACUGCAACAGAAAUCCAUUCAUAAGAUUUUUUUUUACCUUUGCAUGGCUAUAUAUACUUUGAACAGCUUUCCUUUCGGGCAGAUAAGUCAUCUGUACUCUGUGAUUUUCUAAAAAUGGAACAGAGUACAAGUCUAGUCUUUGGGGGGGGGAAUCAACCCUGCCAUCCUCCUCUUUCUUUCCUCUUCCUGGUGUCCUACACCUUUUUCCUCUACUCUCUCCUUUCCUCUACAGUACUAUCUGUGCUUCUUGUUAGCUACAAAGUUUUGAAAAUUAUCUCUAAAUAUACGAUUUUGCUUUCUGCACAAGUAUGGUGUUCACUACCUGUAUUUGGAAAGACUUAAGGUGGGACCUUCUCUAGAUAAAAAUGUUGUGUUAAAAUCAAUAAUUUUUAAAUGGUGUAAAAUUAUUCUACAAGUUAAAGAUUGUCACUUACUUCAUUUCUACCUAAUAACCAUUUUCUUUAGGAAAAUGACUCCCUUAAUUCAGAAAAAAAAUAGUGAAUUGUUACUUAUGAUGAGAAAGCACAUGUUACUUGAAUGCUGUUCUGAUUUUUCUAUUAUUUAACCUUCAUUCUCUCACAUUAAAGAGAGUAGCAAAGUAAACAUUUGAAGAAGGCUUGAUAUUUUUCUUUCUGUAAGUAAAAAUCAUGUGUUAAGCAAAUUUCUGUGAGGAAAGUUGAUGGGUAUCAGUAGAUCUAGUUAUAAUUUCCUCCAAGAGUACAUGAGGUCACUUAUGGAAAUAAGAGAAUUGAGAAUAACUAAUUUUGUAAGUAUUAUAGUAAAUUAUGACUGGCUGUUACUUUUUAUCAUCUAAUAAAUCCCCAUGUGAUCCAGGUGUCUUACUGUACCAGAAGUUUGCAGAAAGAAAGGAAGAGGCUUAAACAUUAAAAAGAAAUGUUUUAUGUGAAUUUUAAAGUAAAAUUUGUGGGAGGGAGAAUAGUUGAUCUUUUACAUUUUAGUAGAGCCAUGUUUUGUUAAUUGUUCCUCUUGUAAAUUGUGUGAAUCUAUACCUACUGUUUUUGUAAUUGUCUCAGGCCAAAUAAAUAUAUGCUGUGAUUCUUAUUAAACUUGUAUGACGACAACCUGAUUUGUACAGACUAACCAGAAAAAUACUACUGCCAUAUAAUCUGUAUAGCUCCAGAAAAUAUGACAUGACUAUUGAAAUAAUGGACUUCUCUCAUUUGUCUACCUAAGAGCAUAUUCUUCUGUAAAGAGAAAAGUUGCGUUCCAGCUAAAAUUUAUGGAAAGCAGAUUUACUACCUUAGAAUUGUAUUACUUUUAUGGAAAAUUUGAAAGUAGCUUUCCUCUUAAGUGCCUUUAUGUAGACUCUGAUUUACAUUUCUAGUAAUGGUUUAAAUAUCCUUUAAUAUGUAUUUCUAAAAUACUAUUCAAAAGGACACAUUGCAGUGGCAAAGAUAAUAUCUGGCUGUUGGCUUUCUGAUGCAUCAAUAAACUUUUGCAAUCUAAA